AUGGCCAAAACCAAAUUGGCCCCUCGGCAGACACAGUCGAUUCCAAAAUUGGAGCUGAACGCAGCAGUGCUAGGCGCUCGACUGGCCACAUACGUUGCAGACGCGCUACAAAUCUCUGGACUCAACAGGAUUUUCUUCACUGAUUCCAGUACUACCAGGAACUGGAUACGAGCCGUCGCUUCACAUUACAUGCCGUUCGUCAGCCACAGAAUCGGAGAGAUUCAAUCUCUCACCAACGCUAACGAGUGGCGCUUCAUUCCCGGGAAAAUGAACAUAGCAGAUGCUGCGACGCGGUCCCUAUUGACAGACGGAGAGCCAAUCCCACCGAGAUGGCUGGAAGGACCAUCUUUCAUCGCCUUACCAAUGGAGCAAUGGCCGAAGGAUUUGCCUUGGGUGGCAGUAGCAGCAGAGAAAAGAACUGCCCACAUCCACCACGCAAUUUCUGAGCCCCCUCUUCAAGAUUGGACAAAGGUGAUCAUCGAUUCGAAGAACAUCUCAACAUUCCUGAAGGUGGAAGGAGAUGCCAAGGAGAUUAUUUUAAAGUGCCAAAAGGAAGGAUUCCGUGAAGAAAUCAGUUUAUUGUCAAAGGGCAAGCAAAUCUCAAAGAAGUCAAGCCUCAUUCAAUUAACUCCUUUCUUAGACAAAAAUGGAAUUCUCCGACUGGGUGGACGGAUCCACCGCGCAAAGCUACCAUAUGAGAUUCUACACCCUCCAAUUCUGCCCGGAAAGCACCCACUUGCAGAAAAGAUAGUGACAGCAGUGCAUCAAGAGUCGCAUCACGCAGGCACUGACUUUCUCCAUGCCAAAAUUCGGCAACAUUUUUGGAUCCUGCAAGGACGAGAGCUGGCAAAGAAGAUCCGCUUCAACUGUGCCGUCUGUGUGAAAUCGCGUGCCAAACUCGCCACGCAAAAGAUGGGUGAUUUGCCAUCUGCUCGUCUCGAUUCUUACACGGCACCAUUCACGCACAUAGCUCUGGAUUAUUUCGGACCGAUCGAAACGUCAGCUUACAGGAACCGAGUAAUCAAACGGUAUGGCCUGUUAAUCACCUGUCUCGUCACCCGCAAUGUUUAUGUAGAAAUGGUGCAGUCAAUGUCAACACCAGAUUUUCUCUACGGUCUACGGCGUUUCAUCGGAGAAUUCACGAAGCCAACUGAAAUCUUCUGUGAUAACGGGACAAACUUUGUGGGAGCUGAGAAGGAGCUGGCCACAGCAUUUCGUGAGUUGCAAAAGGAAAAGUUAAGGAAAAGUCAUUUAUAA